UCCCUCCUCACAACGCGUCGAGCUGUGGACCAAAACAAACGCUCACACGGUCCGCUACGGAGUGUGUUCGUGUCUCUUUGGAUUACUUAACGGUAUCGAUCACAGAGAGCCGCUCCUGAAGCAGUCCGCUGUCGGACGGGAUGUGGUAUUUUGCUCCGUGGUGUUGAGGCUCCAAGCGGACCGCUCGGCGUUCCGACGCCGGGAUGAGCGUCUCCACCGCGGGCACCGGAGCGGCGCCCUGCCGCUUCGCACACUACUUCGCCAUCUGCGGACUGGACACCGAGACCGGGCUGGAGGCGGAUGAGUUAGCCGCGUUGUACCAGUGGCUGGAGGCUGAUCUCCGUGGUAACGAACCCGACUCUGCUACCAAAGGGGAGAACUUCGACCAGAGUCCUCUGAGGAGAACCUUCAAGUCUAAGAUCCUUGCCCACUACCCGGAGACGGUGGAGUGGAACCCCUUCGACCAGGAUGCUGUCAACAUGCUGUGCAUGCCGCGCGGCCUCUCGUUCUGCACGCAGGCGGACCGCCGCGAGCCCGCCUUCCACUCCUUCAUCAUCACGCGGGAGGACGGCUCGCGCAGCUACGGCUUCGUGCAGACCUUCUACGAGGAGGUGACCAGCGGGCCGGUGCGCGCCGCCAUGCAGACGCUGCACCACAUGCACCAGGCCGAGCGCGCCCCGCCCUCCAGCUCCUCCUCCUCCUCCAGCAUGGACUCCCUGGCCAGCAGCCUGGAGGACGGCGGCGGCGGUGGCGGCGGUGGGGUGGACCCGCCCCCCUCGCUCGCCGCGCCGUGCCCCGCCCCCCCGAGCGGCGGCGGCGGCGGCGGGGGCUACGACGCGUCGCGGGACACGCUGUACGUCACCAAGGCGCUGUGCCUGCUGGCGCCGGUGCCCUUCAUGACGGCCUGCCGCCGCUUCCUGGCGCAGCUGCUGCGGGCCGUGACGGCGCCGGAGCCGCCGCCGCUGCCGCUGGAGAGCUACGUGCACAACGUCCUGUACGAGGUGCCGCUGCCGGCGCCCGGCCGCUCGCUGCGCUUCCACGGCGUGUACGAGCCGGUGGUGUGCCAGCGGCCCGGCCCCGGGGAGCUGCCCCUGGCCGACUACCCCCUGGGGGACGCCUUCGCCCUGCUCGGCGUGGAGAACCUGCUGCAGCUCUACACCUGCACCCUGCUGGAGAUGCAGCUGCUGCUCUACUCCCAGGACUACCAGCGGCUGAUGACGGUGGCGGAGGGGGUGACCUCGCUGCUCUUCCCCUUCCAGUGGCAGCACGUGUACGUGCCCAUCCUGCCCCCCUCGCUGCUCCACUUCCUGGACGCGCCCGUCCCCUACCUGAUGGGGCUGCAGUCCCGCGAGGGGGCGGACCGGUCCAAGCUGGAGCUGCCCCAGGAGGCCAACCUGUGCUUCGUGGACAUCGACAACCACCGCAUCGAGCUGCCGGAGGACUUCCCCCAGCUGCCCAACAUGGCCGAGUUCAGGGAGGAGAUCAGCGACGUCCUGCGGCAGUACGGCAUCUCCCCCAACGGAGGGGGAGCGGGAGGGGGAGGGGGAGGGGGGGGCUCUCGGCGGGGGGGCACCACCUCCUCCACCUCCUCCUCCUCCUCCUCCUCCUUCCUCCGAGGAGGAAGAGGGGGAGCAGGAGCACGCCGGGACAGCAGGGAGGAAGAGGACGGCCGUAACGGGAACUUGGCGCGGGAGGAACAGGAAGUGAUGGAGCGCCUGCAGGGGAACGCCACCCUGGAGCGCCUGCAGGCGUUGACCCGCCGCACGGGGGUCACCGUGGCGGGCGUGGACGCGCUGAGGGCGGGGCUCCGGCCGCAGGGUCUGGGUCCCGGGGGUCCCGGGGGUCAGGGGGGGCCGGUGCGGACGCCGGAGGAGGAGGAGGAGCUGAGUAACGCCAAGCUGAGCGUGCAGCUCAGGGAGGUGUUUGCGGGCCGCUUCACAGCCAUGUUCUCGGACUACGAGGCCUUCGUCAUCCACAGCCCCGACCUGGAGUCCUGGCUCAGCAGCCGCGAGCACAUGCACAACUUUGACAAGGCGUCCUUCCUGUCGGACCAGCCCGAGCCGUACCUCCCCUUCCUGUCGCACUUCAUCGAGACGCAGAUGUUCGCCACCUUCAUCGACAACAAGAUCAUGUCCCAGUGGGAGGCCAAGGAGCCGCUGCUGCGCGUGUUCGACGCCCGCAUCGACAAGGCCCGCCUCUACAACGUCAGAGCGCCAAGCCUGCGCUCCUCCAACUACCAGCGCUGCACCCGCCUCAAGGAGGCCGCCCAGGCCAUCGAGCAGCGGCUGCUGAAGGUGGACCACACCGCGCUGCACCCCCACCUGCUGGACAUGAAGAUCGGGGAGGGCCGCUACCAGAGGGGCUUCUUCCCCAAGCUGCAGGCCGCCGUGCUCAACACCGGGCCCACCAGCAACAAGCUGACCCACCGGACCUCCAGCGCCCAGCGACGGAGAGAACAGCACCCGGAACACCUGACCCUGGACAACGACCUCAAGGAGGGGUGUCUGGCCACGCCCAACUCCAUGGCCUUUUGGGAGUGGGACAAUGCAUCCCCCCCGCCUUUCAAACCUCCCAAAAAAUCUGCGUCUGCGUCCUGCCUGCGCUACAUGCAGGAGGCCCGUGGGCUGGGGAAGAGGCAGCCCAAGCUGUCAGACCUGUCUCCAGCCGUCAUCGCUCAGACAAACUGCAAGUUCGUGGAAGGUCUGCUGAAAGAGUGUCGCAUGAAGACCAAGCGCAUGCUGGUGGAGAAGCUGGGGCGCGAGGCGGUGGAGCUGGGCCACGGGGGGGAGGCCAGCAUCACGGGGCUGGAGGAGAACACGCUGAUCGCCAGCCUCUGUGACCUCCUGGAGAGGAUCUGGAGCCACGGCCUGCAGAACAAACAGGGGAAGUCUGCGCUGUGGUCCCACCUGCUGCACUACCAGGGGAGGGAGGAGCGGCUGGAGACCCAGCAGGGGGAGCUACCAGCCAGCGGUCCGGAGCGGAGGAAGUCGGAGACGUCCGUAGGGCUGCCGUACCUCCCGGUGUCCGUCCUGCAGGACAUGAGACACAUCCAGAGCAUGUCGGAGAUCAAGACGGACGUGGGGCGGGCUCGGGCGUGGCUCCGCCUCUCUCUGGAGAAGAAGCUCCUCUCACAGCACCUCAAGAUGCUGCUGAGCAGACAGGGGCUGACCAAGAAGCUGUAUAAGCGGUACGCCUUCCUGCGCUGCGAGGAGGAGAAGGAGCAGUUCCUGUUCCACCUGCUGUCGCUCAACGCCGUCGACUACUUCUGCUUCACCUGCGUGUUCACCACCAUCAUGAUCCCGUACCGCGCCGUCAUCAUCCCCAUCAAGAAGCUGAGCAACACCAUGACGACCUCCAACCCCUGGGUGUGCGUGUCCGGGGAGCUGGGCGACUCGGGCGUCAUGCAGAUCCCCAAGAACGUGCUGGAGAUGACCUUUGACUCUGCCUUCAGGCAUCAUACGCACAUCUCCGCCAUGUUUAAGUGCCAGAACCUGGGGAAGCUGACCUCCACUCAGCUCGGCCACGACAACGCCGGCCUGCUGGCCAAGUGGCUGGUGGACUGUGUGAUGGUGCGCAACGAGAUCACCGGCCACACCUACAAGUUCCCGUGCGGCCGCUGGCUGGGGCGUGGCGUGGACGACGGCAGCCUGGAGCGCGUCCUGAUCGGGGAGCUGCUGGUCCCGGGGGCCGAGGAGGACUCUGGGAGGGGCAGCCGGACCCCCGAGCUGCAGAGGUCCCCCUCGCAGACCAGGAGGAGCAGCAUCAUGGGGGGACGCGGAGGGAAACUCACUUCAGGACAAAUCCAGGAGACCAUCGGAGAGGCGGUGAACAACAUCAUCAAACACUUCCACAAGCCGGAGAAAGAGAGGGGCAGCCUGACCAUCCUGCUGUGUGGGGAGAACGGUCUGGUGGGGGCCCUGGAGCAGUUCUUCCACCACGGCUUCAAGUCGGCCCGGCUCUUCCAGAAGACCGUCUUCGUCUGGGACUUCAUAGAGAAGGCUGUGGCCUACAUGGAGUCAUGUGACCAGAUGGGCGACCUCCAGGAGACCCCCGAGCCGCUUGGUCUGACCUGUCAAUCACUCUGUCGCUACGCCAACGCCAUCAACUCCACCCGCCGCAGCAUUGGCAAGGACGGGAAGUUCCAGCUGCUGGUGUGCCUCGGAGCGCGAGACCACCUGAUGGACCAGUGGCUCCCCCUGCUGGUGGAGUGUCCCGUCCUGCAGCGCAUGUACGACGACUCGGCCCUGCUGCGCGACCGCACCACGGUCAACACACUCAUCGGGGUGCUGGAGACCCUGCACCACUUCCACAUCACCCUGGAGGCGUCCCUGGUCAAGGGAGUCGACCUUUGACCCCCGAGCCUGCUGGGAGCGCCCUAAGCCCUAACCCCCCCCCCCCGCCCCCCAACAGACACACUGGAUGGGCUCUCGGAUGAAUCAUGUGACCGAGGAAGGGAGGGGAGGAAGUAUUGGACGUUAAAGACAGCGGCACCGCAGCGGUGUUGGGUCUGCUCUCUUGGAGAACAUUAGAGAGACAGUUCUACUCUCCUGGGGAUCUGAGAUGUUUGAACCUUUAGAGAGACAGUUUUGACCUUUAGAGAGACAAUUCUACUCUCCUGGGGAUCUGAGUUGUUUGGACCUUUAGAGAGACAGUUCUACUCUCCUGGGGAUCAAAGAUGUUUGGACCUUUAGAGAGAGAGUUGGACCUUUAGAGAGACAGUUCAACUCUCCUGGGGAUCAAAGAUGUUUGAACCUUUAGGGAGACAGUUUGGCCUUUAGAGAGACAGUUCUACUCUCCUGGGGAUCUGAGAUGUUUGAACCUUUAGGGAGACAGUUUGGCCUUUAGAGAGACAGUUCUACUCUCCUGGGGAUCAAAGAUGUUUGGACCUUUAGAGAGACAGUUGGACCUUUAGAGAGACAGUUCUACUCUCCUGGAUAUCAAAGAUGUUUGGACCUUUAGAGAGACAGUUGGACCUUUAGAGAGACAGUUCUACUCUCCUGGGGAUCGGAGAUGUUUGAACCUUUAAGGAGACCGUUUGAUCUUUAGAGAGACAAUUCUACUCUCCUGGGGAUGUGAGAUGUUUGAACCUUUAGGGAGACCGUUUGACCUUUAGAGAGACAGUUCUACCCUCCUGGGGAUCGGAGGCCUUUGGACCUGUAGAGAGACAGUUUGACCUUUAGAGAGGUAGUUCUACUCUCCUGGGGAUCUGAGAUGUUUGGACCUUUUAAAGAGACAGUUUUUCAGCCGAGGCCUCCUUCGGUUCCGCUCCAUAGACCAUAGGGUCUGUGGAUCAUUGGGUCCAUAGGGGAAAGAUGGAGUCCCUCCUCUCUCUCCUCUCUCACCUCUCUCUCUCCUCUCUCAGGAGGGUAGAAUGCCCAGGAGCCAAUGUACUCCGUGAGUCAGAGGAAGCACUGAUUCAUCACAGAGGGAGACAGGAACACUUUAGUGACCAGAGUCUUUGCAGGGAGGAACCCCCCCAAUGUGACUCUCUCUCGCUCCUCAGAGCUGUGGUUCAAAUAGCGCGGGUGUCACGGUUAUAUCUAGGCUCCACUUAUUCAAGCUAUCUGAUUGGACAGGUGGCUUGUAGGAGGGGCUUGAGUGAGUGAGUGUGUGUGUGUGUGUGUGUGUGUGUGUGUGUGUGUGUGUGUGUGUGUGUGUGUGUGUGUGUGUGUGUGUGUGUGUGUGUGUGUGUGUGUGUGUGUGUGACAGUGAUUUCAAGUAAAGUACCGUUUUAUUUGAGGCUGUUUAAUUUAUUUUCUGAUGCGUUCUACUGAGUUGUGUAUGAGGGCAGAUGUGUGUGUAUCUGAUUUUCCUUAACGGUACGGGUGAACACAACGGACUCCGUUACACAACAGAACCGUACGCACAACAAACAAACACUGGAGUGCGUUUUGAAGUCGAAGGACACUUCUCUGAGACUUUUCAAACCUGUGUUGAUAUUCAUGUUUGCGUCGUCGUCUGGCCCUGAGAAUACAAGAUGCUAUCAGCAUCCAGCCCAUCUCAUUAACAUUCAUCAUCUCUUCGAUGUCAAACGAUCCUGGUUUUAAUUGUUUGUAUCACUAGCGGGUAGGUUUGGUUACCGAACUCGAUCUUCUCGGACCACUGGGUUCUCUGUGUGUGUCUGUGAACGUCCCGCAUGACUCCGUUACUGUCCCGUGUUCCUGGUCUUCGUGAAGACCCAGUACCGCUCCCGGGAUCUCAGGACUAGGAAGUCCUGACCGGAGUGCGUUGUUGGGGACCUCCUGUCUGAAGCUCUGCUCUGACCGGGACCAGGAAGGAGAGGAACACACUGGACAACAUCUCAUUGAGUUACUACUUAAAGUGCAGCACAUGAUGAGUUUGGUCUGUGAGACAAGGACACUGUGUUUUUAAUUUGUUUCCAAUUUGUACUGGAUUAGUUGUUUUUAGGAUGAAACCACUCAAACCAUAGAAUCUACAGAUAAUUGGAGUCUCCAUUAUUCUCUCUCUCUCUCUCUCUCUCUCUCUCUCUCGUUCUCUCUCUCUCGUUCUGUCUCUCUCUCACUCUCUCUCUUACUCUCUCUCUCUCUCUCUCUCUCUCACUCUCACUCUCACUCUCACUCUCACUCUCACUCUCCCACCCUCUCACUCUCUCUCUUACUCUCUCUCUUCUCUGUGCCUACACAUGAAGCCGAUUACUCUGUGAAACGACAGACCGGUUCUAUAUUUUAGUUUGUGUUUUAGGUGUGAGGUCAUUCUUUUAAUCUUUGAAAGUAACAGUUGAACCAAACCAGCAGCUAUAGCCCGUGUUCUCUCCAUGAGGUCCUGUUGCUCCUACAGAAAUACUGGGUUCCUGGAGGCGAUAAACCUGAACGGAGCUUCAAGUAGGACCUGAGAUCUAUACUUUGAGAUCAGUUUGUUGUUCCUAGCCAUCGGUGAGGGGAGUGACACGCUCUGAGAAGACCCGUUUGGAGUUGUAUGCUUCUGUCUGAAACUAUUUAGAAAAUCUGUGCACUUGCCUGAUAGGUUAUUAAUCUGGCCUGUCAAUCUCAAGUGAGUGACUGCAACAUCUCAAUAGCAGAGAAAGGGAGGGAGGGAGGAAGGGAGGAGCGAGAAUGGGACAGGAUGUUUUUUGGAGUUUUAUUUUCCGAAUCUUUUCUUCUCUCAGCAGCUGAGAGGAUCUGACCUCUAGCUGAGAGGAGGUCACACUGUGACGACCGCGUUACCACUGGACAGGGGAUCUUGUUGUUGCUGUACAAUUUAUUGUUUUGCUCUGAUAUUUAUUCAUGUUUCAAUAAAAAAUAUCAAAAGCAUGGAUGAGUGACGUAUCUUGGUCUGUUGUGGUCUCCAGGAUUGACUUUAUUAAAUUGUGAAAGCGCUAUUUUUCUUUUUAGUAUUGAAUAUUGGAGGUAAUGAUAUUAACUAUUCUAGAAGUUGUACAUAGUCUGAUAUUUAUGCUUUACGAUCCUU